AACCAAACCAAAAAAAAGUAGUAAACGGAAGUGAACAAUAUUUUCAAAGUUAGCGUUUUAUUGUUGUAUUUAGACGUUUAUUAACACCCUAGAACUCAACAUAUGACUCAUUUAACGGCACAGCAUCACAUUCAUACCCAAGGUAGUGUUUUAUUCGCGUUGGAAACAAGACUUAAAUUAUAGGUUUUAUAUAAGGAACGCUAGCUAGCUGUUAACGUUAGCUAAUAAUGGCUAACUGUAUGGUUUUUCACACUCAAAUAGCCUCCAUCAUGGAGGUGCUAGCGAAUGCAGCUGUGGCAGAUAUCUGUAAACUCGUAGACGACGAAUAUGCAGUGUUUCGUUUGGAAAUAACUCAAAGACAGAAAGAAAACGGGGCAUUACGGAGGAAACUACAGCAACUGGAACUGAAGGUGGCACGGGAGCGCGCAGAGAGGACAAUGACGCGAGGGCGCGUCGUCCCAGGGAGUACGACUACGAGUAGUGUCAAUAUUCUGGACCGAUACAGAGGAAUGGCAAGAGGUGAAGGACAUCUCACUGGAGGCCACAGGAUCUCUGUGAAGCCAGCAGGACACAAUACAUGGAGAGAUGACCAACCAAUCACUGUUGAUGAGGGGAGUGGAACCUCAACCCAGCAUGUUAUCAUGAUAGAGUCUGCAGAUACAGAGGCUGAUGGUCCUGAGGUCAAGCUGGAGAGGUCUGAAGGAGAGGUGGACCCACAGCAUAGCAGAGACAUCCAGACUGGAGCACCCCCUGUAGCCACGGAUGACCCCACUACUGCCCCAGUGCAACCCAGGACCCGACGCAGCAUCACGGAGGUCAGUGGAAUGCCGAACGCCGUACUCAAGUCAGAGACAGACACCGAGACUUUAACGGGGCUGGGGCGACUGGGCUGUCCUCCUGCUCCCCGCUCAGAGUAUUUACUUUACGGUAACCCGAGCCCGAGGACGGUUCUAUCACAUCAGGACACAGGUGACGCGUUACAGACUGGCAAUGAUCCGUCAUGUUCAUACGCUACAGAGACCGGGAUGAUACCUAGUGAUAUAUCUGUGGACUUAGAUACACAGACUAAUCCAAUGAGAGGGGACUGGAACCGGUACAGUAGUAGUGUAUACUCUGAAGAGUCCCUAGAUAAGAAAGGGGAGGUUAUAGUCUUAGAUGACAUGAUUGUGAAAGUGGAGGACGACACUCCUCUGACAUGGAAUGCAAACGAAACUCACUUAGGACACUCGCAGGGCAACACCAGUGACUUCUUAGACUACAGGGAAAGCUUAGAGACAAAUCCAAAUGUCGCAACCCACUCCCCUUUACACGCGUUCAGGGAUCGCGACCCAGUGUCCACGUCAAUGGGGCCUUCCGAUUUACACAGCCGCGUUCUUUUUGAUCAGGUAUUGAACUCCAACGACAGGGCUAGAGCCCAGGCUCAGAGAGGGGGAGCAACAUCAGGCAAUACAAAAGAGAAACGGUUCCUCUGCAAGUUCUGUCACAAAGGCUUUAGCUGCCUCCAGAAGGUGGAGAGUCACCAGAGGGUCCACACAGGGGAGAAAUCCUUCAGCUGUACCCAGUGUGAGAAGAGGUUCUCCCACCAGCACCACCUGAAGAGGCACCAGAGGGUCCACACAGGGGAGAAACCCUACAGCUGUCCCCAGUGUGAGAAGAGGUUCUCCCGCCAGGACCAGCUGAAGAUGCACCUGAAGGUCCACACUGGAGAAAGGCCAUUCGCUUGUACACACUGCGGGAAAAGGUUCUCAGAGAGGAGCUACCUCAGGACACACCAGCAAAAACACCAUUCAACUCUAUAACAUAGAAAGUAAACAUUCCACUCGAUAACUUCUGACGUUUAGAUCAAACCCUGCAUUAAAGACAAAGAUGAAGUUUCAUUGUUGCCAUCAUAAAAGAUCCACAGAUGCAUUUGGAAUAACAAGAGUAACAGAUUUCAGUGUUGAAUAUUCCUGGGUAGAAUAUUGCAUGCAGACAUUGUGUGAUAUAUAAGGCAUAUUAUAAGUCUAAAAAGUCUGUUACAUAUUGUGUUUCUACUGUGGAGGAUAUAUAAUGUUCAUAAAUGCCUAUUUCAUUACUUCCAUUCAACUACUUAAUAUUUUUCCCUAAACACUUUUGAGAAGAUGAAUGCAGUAUCAAGUUCAUGCAUAUUUUUUGUUGUGACGUGUGGUUUUCAUAUGGUGUAUUUAAAACUUGUUUAUGUUUAAUAAACAUAUAAUGGGA